UGUUUUAUUUAAAAUUUGAGCUGUUUUCAUUCUUCUCAGUUUAUCGAUGGCAUUCAACUGCGGUAUCGAGAAAUUGAAGGGAAAAUAUAUACCGCCACUCCGCUCAUUCAUCGAGCUGUCACCACUUAUACGAUUGAAAAUCUCAAAUCCAACCACCAGUAUGAAAUUGGAGUUUUCUUCAUACCAUUUCCAGGUCAGCAUACGGAAUUAAGCGCUGAUCACAUGCUGCGAUUCACCACUGCCAAUUUGGUGGACAACUAUGGAUUCUCGAUCAUUCUAGAUGUGGCCCAAAUCAAAUCCACCAGCGUCGAAAUUGCUUGGACGGGGGUGCCCUACCCGGAAGACAAAUACGUAAAUAUUUACAGAGCGAUAUACCAAAGCGACUCGGGUAAAGAGGAUCACAGUACAUUUAAAAUCGCCAAACGAGACUCGCCCACCAAAACGAUCGUCAGCGAAUUGAAGCCGGGUACCAGAUACCGAAUUUGGCUGGAAGCUUACUUGACUAAUGGCAAAAUCAAAACUAGCAACGUGCAGGACUUCAUUACCAAACCCCGUGCUGCUCCUGCUUUGGGUUCGUCUUCACAGGGUAAGCGACUUCGAUUCAUUGGGUCUCAUGAAUAA